AUUGCCUGCCUGGCUGAAGGAAGAACCGGGUUCCUGUAUUACAGAAGGUUUCAGCUGCUAAGGAGUUGGUCUUUCCAGGAUCAGUGUCACUGCAGCUGUCAGCAUGCAUCCCAUCAUCCUGAUGAUUCUUUUUGGCCUUACUGUUGAGCAGACAACAUCCCUUUGUGCUCCCAUGGAGUACAUCAUCCACGUGGAGAAAAGAGAGUGCGCCUACUGCCUGGCCAUCAACACCACCAUCUGCGCUGGAUACUGCAUGACCCGGGACAGCAAUGGAAAGAAGCUGCUCCUCCAGAGUGCCUUGUCCCAGAACGUGUGCAUGUACAAGGACCUGGUGUACCAGACAGUGCGGAUCCCAGGCUGUUCCAGUCACACGGUCCCCUUUUACUCCUACCCGGUGGCAGUGAGCUGCAAGUGCGGGAAGUGCAACACUGACUACAGUGACUGUGUUCAAGAAGCCGUCAAAGCAAACUACUGCACCAAACCACAGAAGCCCUCUAACAUGUAAGUGUCUAACUCAACGAGGCAGCAGUGUACACUGUGCCGCACAGCUAGUUACUGGCUGCCUGCCUGCCUGUAAAAAGAACACGAAUAAACCUGUAUUGUGGGUCUGC